CCUUCCCCCCGACUAACUUGCGUGGACGCGUCAUGUCGCAGCCGGCACGUUUCCAACUGGACGUCCGUCUUCGCCUUUAAGCGGCUGUAACGCGUCACGCCCGACUCCGCUGGAAUCCGCUCAAAGCAGCGGCAGGACGCUCAGCCGACCGCAGAGUCCCGGAUGAGCGGUGGGCAUGGCGGACCGCCGUGCUGGAAGUUUCCGUGUGCCGAUCCCAGAUCUCCGGUAAGACAAACACGUUACGGAUCGCGUCGGGACGGGUCGCCCAAUGCCCGCGGAGGACCGGACCCGCUCUCACGUGUAAGCCAAGACAGCGACCCGCUACCCACGGCCAGAGAAGCGGUUGUUGUGGUGACCCAGCGGCCAUGUUCGGGUGUCUGGUGGCCGGCAGGCUGGUCCAGACGGACGCGGCCCAGGUGGCCGGGGACAAGUUCGUGUUCAGCUUGCCGGACUACGAGAAGGUGAAGCACGUGGUGGUGUUCAUGCUGGGCACCGUGCCGUUCCCCGCCGGGAUGGGCGGCGCGGUUUACUUCUCCUUCCCGGACGCGGAGGGCCGGGCGGUGUGGCAGCUCCUCGGCUUCAUCACCAACGACAAGCCCAGUGCCAUCUUCAAGAUCUCGGGUCUGGCGGCCGGCGAAGGGGGCAGCCACCCGUUCGGCGCCGUGGCGGCGGCGGCGGCGGCGGCGCCGCAGCAGGCGGGCUCCGUGGCGCAGGUGGGGGUGUCGGUGGAGCCGCUGGAGCAGCUGGCCCAGCAGACCCCCGCGUGCAGCGCCUCCGUCUCCACCGUGGACUCCUUCCUGCACUUCAGCCAGAAGAUGCUGGACAGCCUGUACAACUUCGCCUCCUCCUUCGCCGUCAGCCAGUCCCAGAUGACGCCGAACCCGGCCGAGACCUUCAUCCCGUCCAGCUGCCUCCUGAAGUGGUACGAGAACUUCCAGAGACGCAUGGCGCAGAACCCGGGCUUCUGGAAGAGCUGAGAGGCGCGGACCGCGAGCAGACCCCCCCCCACCCCCCCAUGAAGAGCCCGGAGCCUGGUCUGCGGGGGGGCCCCCUCACAGUGCCUAUGACGUAGUCCACUCGCCUCGCUUUCGGUUGGGGUGUGGUCGUAGGUGUGGGCGCGUGCGUGUGUUUUUAUCUAUGAGGACAAGUCAACACUGAUAUGCUUCUUUACCCCCCACCCCCCCAAUUGCCAAAUAUGAAUUUCACUCACCCCCCCCCCACUUCCUUAUGACGUCUCAUCUUCUGCGAUUUUGAAACGAGCCUUCAGACGAACAAGCUUUUUAUGGUAAAUGAUGCA